AUGCAUUCGUCAACUUUAAAUUGUUUUGUAGCUAACCGUGUUUCUGAACUGCAGGACUAUUCGCGUGGCAUUACGUGGAAUCACGUCCCAAGUAAGCAAAACCCAGCUGAUAUAGUAUCUCGAGGCUGUCGAGCAAGCGAGCUGAAGGAUUCAAUUUGGUUUUGUGGACCAAAAUGUUUGUCGCUUCAAUCAACAGAAUGGCCAAAAGAAACAUCAAAAAGUGAAUUUCUCGCAAAGGACCUUGAACAACGAAAACCUACAGUCUUGAAAUGUAGCAACAAUGGUAUCGAUGAACAUAUAUUCAAUAAAAUUAUUGACGAUUUUUCCUCAUUUCGUCGUAUUGUUCGAAUAAUAUCAUAUAUCUUUCGAGUCUUUAACAAAGUACCAAUAAACAAAAAUCAAACCGUAAACGACGUGAGUCCAAUUACAGUGCGUAAAUUUCAAGAAUCAUUUUGGCAUAUUAUUUCACACCAUCAACAUUGUACAUAUCGCAGUGUAAUAUUAUCACUUCAAUCGGGUAAAAUCUUGAAUCCAGACUUGCAAAAACUAAACCUCUUUUUGGAUGAAACGGUCACUACAAGCGGAACAUUUAAUAUAAUUCGAGUAGGAGGACGAUUGACCAAUGCACCAAUAGGCUUUGAUGCAAAAUUUCCAGCUUUAUUGCCACGUGAUCAUCGGUUUGCUCAAAUUUUUGUGGAAUACCUACAUCGUAAACACAUGCACGUUGGCCCUAAGGUUUUAAUUAGUCUAAUACGCUCUCAAGUAUGGAUAAUUAAUGCUUGGGAAGUAGCUCGAAAGGUAUUGCGUAACUGCGUUCACUGUUUCCACUAUAAACUGAAGCUGUUACAACAAAUCAUGGGUUCGCUGCCAGCCGAUCGAUUAGUUGCAAACCGACCAUUUCUAAUAUCAGGAGUUGAUUUAUGUGGACCAUUUUAUACCACAUAUCGUAUUCGUAGUAAAGUUCCAUAUAAAACUUAUAUUGCAAUUUUUGUCUGCUUUUCAUCAAAAGCAGUUCACACUGAAUUAAUAUCAGAUUUAUCCACUAAUAAUUUCAUUCUAGGCCUAAAAAGAUUCAUAUCACGUCGUGGACUGCCGCAGCGCAUUUAUUGUGACAAUGCAACAAAUUUCACUGGCGCGCAGACACUACUAAAUAAAUUUAAAGAACAAUUUUUCAGUUAG